UUUAGUUUUUAAAUGUAUGUCUUCAUACAAGCUGAGUCAUGGGGUGUGGUUAGUUUUCGACACACUGCUUUUGCAUUUGGUUUAGUUUUUGUUGAUUAAAUAACAACACAGUGUAAUACGUUGUGUUGUAGUUCUCUUGAGGUUGUAAUGAGCUACUUUUAACAGGACUAGAGGAUUUUUAUUAUGUCCUGAUAUGUAAAACAUUUGAAUGAAAGAGAAUGUGCUUUCUUUUUACUCUCUCUCUCUCUCUCUCUCUCUCUCUGUGUGUGUAUUUCCGUCUAUUGCCACGUCUUGCACAGUAACUUCCUGAAUGUUGAUCUUUGAGUUCACUGCAUGACAAAGAAGCCAGUUAGAGUUUUACUAAAGAGGAGAGCCUUUAGUUUGUAUAAGUUUCAUUUCCUGUGCAUUCAAAAUGGCAGAUGAAAUGCAGAAUGGACAAGAAUUUCUAGAAAGCGAUGAUUUCAGGAGGAACGCAGCGAUAAUAAUCACUGAAAUGUUGAACGUGAGCAACAACACUCCAGAAAAUACUACAGAGUUAAUGGAUGAGAUUCUUCACAGCAUCUUCUUUUUGGGAACCAUCAACAAACCAGCUUAUACCCCAGAACAGAUUCUGGGUGAUAAAUUUGCUGAGUUAAAAGCACUUUACCCCAACCCUUUUGAUUGCUAUUUCUCUCAGCUACCCAGGCGGAGUCCAUUUUCAUGUGUGCUAGACAUGAUUGUUCGUCUAAGAGGACAUGAGAAUGAGGAGGACAUCAAAGCCACACUACAAGAACUCAUCUUGUACCUGAGAGAAGAUGCCCAAUCCGAGCAAAAGUGUUUAUUCUCCUCUGUAAUCUGCAUCUCUCAGGCAGAUCAGGGCACAGUCAAGCACUAUGGAGUCUCCAUGUCUACUUCAAAUAAGGAUGCUAGGGGAAUCAUGGUUGCUGUUUCGUGCUGUCAUGAAUGGGAUGAAUAUGUAGCUGGCGCAGUGAUGACAUAUUUUCCAAACAGAAAGAAAAACAAAAGAAAAGACAAAACAGAAAUUGAUGGAACCAUUAAAUUACCAAGAAGCGUGAUGUGUCGAGCAUUUAGUCUCCUGAAUGGAGAAGAAAUGCUUCCUUGCAAGUCAUGUGCCACGUUGUUUUCUUUGGAAACAACUGAAAAUCAGGUCUGGCCCUAUGGCAACUGUGCUGAACCAGAAUGUUUGAGCAACUUGUUCAAAAACGAGGCACAAGUUAAAGACAAAGUGAACCUACAAAAACCCGAGUCCUGGACAGCUAAGGAUAAGGAAAUUGCAAAAAAAAUGGUUUUGACAUCUCUCAAGAAUUCACUGAAAAAAGUCAAAUUUAAUCAGGGUAUGGUUUUGUACACCCCACAACAAGCAUAGAAAAAGUGAAUGUUUACGUCUAAGUGCCUCCUCUCCUGUUAAAGUUCUAAAGAGUAAUUUACUGUAACUUAAGGAUGCAACAUAUAGCCAUGGAUAAAGUUUAUGUAAUUUUUUAUUUUGCCAUUUAAUGAUUUUGUCACUUUAUACUAGUGUCACCAAACCAGAGUUUGGUGUACAUGAUUAUUCUAUAAAACAAAAUACAUCCUUGUUUGUUUAAUGCUCUGAUACAAUGAUGGUACAAGUUAAAUGUCUCGGGAGGGCACUGUGAAAUAAAUGGAAGUUUAAAAUGCUUGGUAGCAUUUUAAACUGAAAGGAACUGUAACUUCCCAAAAUGGUGCUUGAUUUAAAAUAAAAUAAAAAAAUUGCAUCACU